AUGUCAUCGAAAUGCAUCGGUAAUAGAGAUCAACCGCAGCCAUCACCACAUCACAUCACGUCACAUAACAUCAUACCAAUUGCUGGUCACUCGAUAAAACUGUUGAGGAAUAAAGUUAUCUACUCCACAAAUUUCGGAACGCUAAUUCAGCUAGGUAAGGAUGAUAUCCUGUGUUCGAAUCAUUCUCAAGAGAAGAGGGUGAUAAUUAAUGAUCGAAGUGAAAAAAGGAGUUUGCCAGAUACAUUGUCCAUCAUAGUUGCUAUAAAGGAUUCCAUGACAUCGAACGCUAACACUAUUGAUAUCAACUUGCUAGUAAAUAUAGAGAGAGCAGUUGAAAGAUAUCUAAGUUUAUUAGUUAUCCUGAUAUUAAAUUUUGAUAACUCCGGUAUUAAAAGAGAAACCUAA